CACACUGUGGAACCUGCUCUGAACAGGCUUCGCUCCUCCAAGGCCAUGGCUCCAGACUCUCUUUUCUAUUGACAGCAGCACCAUGUGAAUGUUUCCCAGUGAUGGAUAUGAUGGAGUGUCCUUUCCAUGCAGCUAUGAGGGCCUUUACCAACCCAAAGUGUGGGGUGGUGUCCCACCCAACCACCCCCGCGCCCUCCCCUUGCCCUGGCAGGGAGGGGUCUGAUGGGGACGUGAUACUGGCUGUCCUCCUAGUGACUGUGGCUGGAGUGGCUGUGCUUCUGCUCCUCUUCAGACUGCUCCAGCUGCGGCACAGGCUGAAGAUGGCAAGAGCAAGACAUGCGCUGGAGUAUUACGGCUUUUACCACAGCGCCACCUAUAGGUUCCAACAUGUACCACUCUAUAAGGACGAGGCUAAGAUGGGGACAAAAAGCUGCCCUGGACCUGGUCCACCUCUAAUCCACACGGUGACAUCACAGACCCCCCUGAUGUCAGUGCCUCCUCUCCCUGUGACACCUCCUGGACAGGCCCUGCCUCUUUACCAAGCCACUCCUUUUGUAGAGCCAAUGCCCCUGAUCAUCCCCCCACUUGUAGUCCCAGCCACACCCUCCCUGCUCCCCCCACCUGUCAGGCUUACCACGCCCCCAAGCCCUCACCUGUCCUGGGGGGCAUGUUCCGAUGCAGAAUUGUACUCCCGGGUUGGGGCAUAUCGAUCAUCCCGCCUCUCCAGUCUCUCCAGCCAAUCACGAGUCAUCCUGUUUGAACACUCGUCGCUCUGAGCUGUUAUUGGUUUAAACAGCAGUGGGUCCAGUGGAUUACACAGUACUUACUUAGGAACAAUCAUCAGA